AUGUCGUUGUGCCAGAACCGUCUCCAAGAAGAGCGAAAGCAAUGGCGUCGCGACCACCCAUUUGGCUUUGUCGCAAAGCCGAAACGUGCCCCGCAGGGUGGCCUGGACCUGAAGAAUUGGGAAUGCGCCAUCCCAGGGAAGGCCAACACUCUAUGGGAAGGUGGUCUUUUCAAAAUCGACUUAAUUUUCCCCGAUGAUUAUUCCACGAUGCUAGAAUAUCCUACCAAGCCCCCCAAAUGCAAAUUCACGCCGCCACUGUUCCACCCCAAUGUCUAUCCGUCCGGAACUGUUUGCCUGUCAAUUUUGAAUGAGGAGGAAGGUUGGCGACCUGCAAUCACUAUUAAGCAGCUCUUGCUUGGCAUCCAGGAUCUCCUAGAUGACCCGAACCCUGAGUCACCUGCUCAGGCUGAUGCUUACAACCUCUUCAAGAAGGAUCGUCCUGCUUAUGAGCGUAAGGUUCGCAUCGCUGUCAAGGAAAACCAGCCCAAUUAG